AUGUCAACGAUUGUUGCUGACCAAAGGCGUUUGCUGAAGAGUGAUCACAUCAUUGAAGCGGAAAACGAAACCGCUGCAGAAAGGGGCUUCUGGAGUACACUGGGAAAGAACAUUAAAGUGCUAUACUGGUUGGAAACCAGGCAGGCCGACGACGCAGUCAUGAAGAAGCUACACCUGGACGGACUAAGCGGUCCAGCUCUUACGGCUCACAAGAACUACAAGUUUUAUGAAAAAUUCGCCAAAAUGGCUUUGGACAUUCGACUCAGCAAGCGUCUUCAAAAGGAUACCUCCACUUAUCGUGUCUGGACGGAACUGGGCUUCGGGAAGCUUACCAAAGCGUCCGACCUCGCGGGAAUCAUUGGCAGCGAUAAUUUCCAGAUCUACGCGCGUUACGUGACUAGGUUUGACCAGAUGAAAAUUGAAUACUCGCGGGCCUCGAAUUUUCGGAACGCAGUGGUGAUCUCUAGAGAGGUUCCGGAAGUGGAAAUGGUGGCGAGAACGCUUAUUUUGGCCAAAUCAAAGUGGGGAGAGGAGGACGUGAAAAUAUUGCUGGGAUUGACUGUGCCCGGCAAACCGGGAUUGACUUUAAAAGGUGACGCUCUGAAGAAGCACGUGGACUACAAAUACUUCGCCGAGAUCAUCCUGAAGGAAAGACAGAGACUGAAAAAUGAACCGCUUACAUUGAAAGGGCUGGAGCGAAUCUUUGGAAAAGAACUCACUCUGCUUCAACAAGAAUUGGGCAAGUACAAAUGACAACUGACCCGUCUCAGAAACUACCGGACUCCUUCUCGUCCGCCUAGGUGUAGAGCAGUAGAACUUCAUUUUAAUGCAUUAUGAAGAAUGUAUUAACAUGUUAGAUAUGUUCUUGAUAAUGCAUGUCUGUUGGAGCUAAAAAAAAAAAAAACUGAAAAAGAUGCUGGC